AUGAAAUACAUUAAAACUGAUCAAGUCUUAGAUAUCCCAGAAGGUGUCAAAGUUAACAUCAAAUCAAGAAUCAUCACUGUUACUGGUCCAAGAGGUACUUUAACUAAAAAUUUAAGACAUAUUGAUAUUACUUUUACCAAAAUUUCAAAUAAACAAAUUAAAAUUACUGUUCAUAAUGGUGAUAGAAAACAUGUUGCUGCUUUAAGAACUGUUAAAUCAUUAAUUUCAAACAUGAUUACUGGUGUUACUAAAGGUUAUAAAUAUAAAUUAAGAUAUGUUUAUGCACAUUUCCCAAUUAAUGUUAAUGUUGUGGAAAAUGAUGGUUCAAAAUUAAUUGAAAUUAGAAAUUUCUUGGGUGAUAAACAAAUUAGACAAGUUCCUGUUAAAGAAGGUGUUUCUGUUGAAUUUUCUGCUAAUCAAAAGGAUGAAAUUGUCUUGUUAGGUAACUCUGUUGAAGAUGUUUCACAAAAUGCUGCUGAUAUUCAACAAAUUUGUAGAGUUAGAAAUAAAGAUAUUAGAAAAUUCUUGGAUGGUAUUUAUGUUAGUGAAAAAGGUGUUAUCAGUGAUGAAUAG